CAAUGGCGGAUGUUGUCAAACACGAAAAUGAACGAUAACAUUAUAUUUUAUCGGCAGUGUGGCCAUAUUAAGUAUAGAGCUUUAGUUUUAUGAUAGCAGAUAUCUGUUAAUCCCCUCUCGCAGUAAUUUAACCGUAGACGUUUAUUAUUUCAGAUGCACUCCUGAUUUUGUUAACCUGUGUCUUCACAUCAUGAACAACUAACACAUGUCGGUCUUUUGAAACGACUGUUAUAAUUUUUUUAUGACUGAAACUGACAAUUACUCUUAGCAUCGCUGCAAUCAUUUGUCUAUGAGUGUCAUAAUUUGUAAAAUCGCAGGAACGGUAGCGUGAACCGGAAGUCUCCAGAUAUCCGAGGCGCCAGGAACGCGGCGCAUGAGAACACGGAAACGGGCGUGUAGCACUCCUGCUUGAUGUCCUGUCAUGCAACAACUUAUGUGAGCCCUGCAUUUUGGCAUAAUGGACUUGUCAGAGAAGGAGCUGAAAGAAGCGUUUGUCAGUAAUCUCAAUGGAACCACGUUACAGGAAGUGGCCGUGGGCUCAUUUCUCACCCCGCUGUGUAUCCUCAAUCGAGCGCUCAUCCUGAUCCUCCACCAUCGCGCCAAGGGGAGCCUCCCUCUGCCGUUUCCACCAAUUUCUCAUCUGCUUCUCGAUUUCUCAGUGCUGGUCCUCCCCCUUGUGCUGUCAUGCACCAUUCUGAGCGACGUUCUUCUUCAGGUGGUCUUGAGCUUCACCUUCGUACUGUUGUGUGCGCUUUGCCACAUCUACCGCACCGGGCGCCAGACCACCCUCGCCACCUUCCUUGGCGGGAGCGUUCACUUCAAACAGGUUCCCUUUGUGACCGUCUUUCGAGUGAUGGUGAACGUGCAAACAGCCAUCAGUAUUCUCGCUGUGGACUUUAGAGUCUUCCCAAGGCGAUACGCUAAAACAGAAACAUAUGGAACUGGCGUGAUGGACUUCGGGGUUGGAGUGUUCGUCCUCGCCAACGGUCUGGUCUGCCCGGAAGCACGCGGGAGGAACGUCUCUGGAUCCAAGAUGAAACACAUCUCCAAGCAGGUCCUGUCUGUGUGGCCCCUGGUUGUCCUCGGUGCGGCCCGGCUUGUCUUUGUCAAAAUCAGCAGCUACCAAGAGCAUGUGACUGAAUAUGGUGUCCACUGGAACUUUUUCUUCACACUGGCCAUAGUCAGAGUUCUGACUUCUAUGCUUUUGGUUGUUUUUCCGGCAAGGAAGUCGUGGGUUUUGGGUCUUCUCAUCAGCGGAGCUUAUCAGUGUGCUUUGGAGACAACAGGCCUGAAGGCUUUCAUCCUGCACAACAAUGACAGAGGAAAGGACUUCCUGCAUGCCAACAAGGAGGGGAUAUUCUCCAUUGCAGGUUACGUUGCCAUCUACAUGGCAGGAGUUCAGAUGGGAUGCUAUGUGAUGCAGCCCAGAUCCCACGUUAGAGACUGGCUCAAAGCCAUUUUUAACCUCCUCACGGCUACGUUGCUGGUAUUUGCUGCUUUGUGCAUGUGUCAGACGUUUGUGGAGCCGGUGUCUCGCCGCUUGGCUAAUUUAGCGUUCUGCCUCUGGAGCGUCGCUCAAUCGCUGCUUUUUAUAUCCUGCACCGGUUUAGUGGACCUGAUUGUGCUCUUUUCACAGACGUCUUCUGGAUGCCACUUGGUACCGUCAUCGUGGAACUCAAAUCCAGGCGCCGAGACAAAGAGCGAUGAGAUGGAAAGGUGGUGUCUUGUUCAAGCAGUCGGCAGGAAUCAGUUGUUGUUUUUCUUGCUCUCAAAUGUGUUGACGGGCUUGACCAACUCGCUGGUCAGCACCCUUACUAGCAGCAGUUGCUUUUCUGUGUGCGUCUUGCUGACUUACAUGCUGAUCAAUUCCGCUGUUGUGUAUGUUUUACACCUUUGUGGAGUGACUAUAAAAUGCUGGUAAAGGACAAGUUGUGCAGGAUUCUUUUGCAAACUAAUUGUGUUGAUUACAUUGUAUUUCUGAAAAAUUAAAAAGGGCAGGACUAAAUCGGCAGCUACACUUUUCUGGGCCAGCAGGCAUUGUAGCGCUUUGCUUGCAGGCCCAUCAUAAUCAGUAGGAGGACUAUUAAGAUGGGCUGUGCUUUGCUUGCAGGCCCGUAAUAGAAUGCUAUGGGGAGACAUGAAGCUGAAUGGGAGCAAAAAAAUAAAUAAAGCAACUUUUAUUGGUCAAAGAUUCAAACUCAGACAAGAGUUUAAUACUGCAUCUGGGAUAAUAUUGCAAGGAUGUAAGAAAGCCCUACAAAAGUACUUUCAAAUGAGUUAUUAAGGAUAAAAUGCAAGUUCUGUGGUGUUGAUACAUCCAGGGGUCAGUUGAGUUUUUAGAUAAAUUGAAGUAAGUCCAACAGUCAUAUGCACUAUAUGAUACAUCAACUGAAUGGAAAAACACACAACUGAAAGGAACAUUUUCUUUUGUCAUGCUGGACCGAGACUUCAAAACUGAGCAGCAUUUCUAACAGAUGUGAGCAAUGCCACACGCAGCAACGAAUGCAUCCUUAUUGUGUGAACAUGACAAGCAGACAUGAAAUGAAACUUGGCUGACUUACUCGAUGACUUCAUGACAUUCGCUCUGUAAGAAGUGCGAGUGUUAAAACGUUGUUUACAUCAGCAAUGCAGAGAAAGAGGCUCAGCAGAAAGACAUAUUUUGACAGAGGUAACAAGUGACACUGCACGCUUUCCUCAAAAACCACCCCGUAGUCUUCCUCGGAUCGAGUUAACCAUGAAAGUACAGCUCACUUGUGAAACGAAACAAAAACAUGUCCAUGUGUGGUUUGCGAGCGCUAUAAACAGCCAUCUGGAUACAAACGUAAGGCAAAGGCACUUGAUGCUUCUGCAUAACGACUGCUGAGGAAAGGGUCUUGUGUAACACAAAUAUACAAAGAAACCUAUUUUUUGUUUGAAAUAUACGGUGUAUCAUAAGAGCUGAUAAAACUUGAAGAAAACGGAAGACAAGUGCAGCAUUGAGAGUAAAUGAUCGCAUGGUGUGUUGGAAUGCCUAUUCUACAACGUGACGUGCAUAGGAUUAGUUAGCAACACCUGCGGCAAACAUGCCAAAAAAGUACAAUGCCUGGCGGAGCCUUGCAGCAUAUUUAGUGUGCCGAGCUUUCAAGAAAUGUCAGUUUAAAGUUGACCUAUUAUACUCAUUUUCAGGCCUUUGUAUUGAGUUGCGGACUCCUAUAGAGCAGAUAACCUGCACACAAAGCUAGAUCUAGAUAGAUCUUCCAGACUCUGCUCCUCUUCCUGCAGUGUUUCCUGCCUCCCGCCCAAACGGCCCUCCUCCAGGUAUGCCUCCCGCUGAGCCCACUCCGCUGUGAUCGGUCACGCUCCCGAGGACUUCCGGGCAGUUGCCGAAGCCCUUUUGUGCGAUUAUUUACACAAAAUAAACAGUUAGGACACUGAUAAGUGAUUACUUACAGCUUGCUCUUCUGACUCUUCAACACGACCAAAUAACGUUGGAAAGGCAUCGGGCUUCAGCAACAGUUUGGCAGAUAGUCUGGCGUCGUAUUGGCCCAUGUUCACAAGUCCCGUUGACAGAUGAGCAUAUUUUUCUUCUGCUGGCCGGGAAUCAGCAACUCCAACAACUUCUGUCUGAUGCUUGCCUCUUUAGGAACACCCCCACAAACAUUUGCUGGGAGCCAUACGUGCUAACACGGUCAACCGAGCAGAGCGAAGCACAGCAGGGGGAGGGCAGGCCUACAGCCGGGGCAUGCCCAUUUAAGGAAGUCCGGGUUGCACUGACGUCAAUGGAACUCUGUGUUUAAAAAAAACUCUAGUGUGCAGUCGUCCAAAACUGCUUUCAUGUCUCACUUCCAAACCUGAUUAUCUGACGCAGUGGCAUCGUUUAAAGCGAAAACACAACAUUUAUAGGUCAGAAAAGAGGAAAAGCAUAAUAGGUCCCCUUUUAAAAAAAAGACAGGACUGCUUCCAUCAUUGUGCAGUCACGCUUAGACGAAGACAACUAAUGACUUUGAUGGCACUGAAACCAAAAAUGGUUGCGUUACAGUUUAUGACGUGACUCAACAGAUGACGUCCUUCAAAAUGUGACAAGCAACGGACGUUGCCGACACAAACGGUGCAGAGUUGUUGCAACACGCUUGUAAUGUAGUUUUAGACUAACUUGGAUGAAAUGCUUCUGUGAUAUCUAAUUUUGAGUAGAAAAGAGACGUAUUCCUAUAACCUUGGUGACCUUCACUGCGUCAAGGCACAAGCAGUUUCAAGGAAGCAGAAUAUGGACUUGAAAGGCUUUGCUCCCACACUUCUUGAGGAUUCACUGUCCUAUCGUGGGUUACACUGCAAAACCUGGAAAAGCGGCACAGUUAUGAAAAUCUGGCAAAACAUGCCGUCCUGCUCUGUACACAGGGUGGCCCCAAGUUGGACCCCAUAAGUCCAUAAAUCACCACCACAUUUCAUAUGCGCCUUUACCUGGCAAAUUUGAAUGAAGCUGGUGACAAAACCCAAGCAUUCACCAUCAGACGUGGGCGCUGUCUUGUCUUGAUGUCUUCCACAACAUAGUAGCACAACCCGCAGGGGGCGCCACACAUUUUCACGAAAAAUGUGUUGAAAAAAUGGUGUCCCCUCACUUUCCCCCCCCCCCACAUGACUGUAUGUCCACUGUUAUGAUGUGAGGUUUUUGAACAGCAGCAUCAAGCAUGCUAAAAGUAAAAGAAGCCACAGAAAAGUCAAAAAGCUCUUGAGCUGGGGUGUCCACACGUUUUCCACCGCAGGGCCACAAAGUGAAAAAUGAAAGGAUCCAAGGGCCACUUGGAUACUUGGAUUGAUAUGCCAAGAAGUUAAAUAUAUUUCUAGAAAAAACUGCAUGUCAGCUUUGUGAUAGAAGUGAAAAAGUCUAAUUUUUUUUUCCAACUUUGCCCCUUCCCCCCCCACAGUUUUUGCUUUUUUUUAUAAGAUUUUCCAAAUAUUUCAACUUUCUUCUCAAAUGAUAACUUAUUUUCAUGAUAUUUUGAAUUUAUUCCCACAUACGCUUGUCACGAUGACAGAUUUUGGUGGUGGAUAAUUGCGCUACAAAUUAUCGUGGAUAUUUGAUCGCAUCGACAACAUUUUUUGAUUCAUGAAUUAUCAUGCAAGGUGUAAUGCACAUUUGCACCACUAGAUGGUGCAAGUAUAGUGUACAUGUGUGAGCUUCAGUCACAUUAGCUUGACCACAGCAACACUAUGCUACUCAAAUUUCCUCAUAAUAUUACAAAUCUAUUCUCGUAAAAUUACAGCCGCUGUUUUUUUUUUUUCAACUUUUAUUUCAACUUUGCUCUUGUAAAUUUUCUUCUCAUACUUUUAUGACUUUAUUAUUAUGACUUAAGUUUUUACACAACCUAAUUUUCCAAAAAUGACAACUUUAUGGGUUGUUUUGUUUCUCAUAUUAUGUCAUUCUCGUAAAAUUAUGACAUUCCCGUUGGAUUUUUUCUUAAUAUUUAGAUUUUAUUGCGGCAACGUUCUUUUUAUGCUGUUGUUUUUAAGUUUUCUUGUUAAAUUCUGUUUAUAGGAAUGUGGCGUGGGCCACAAAUGGCUCUCGGGCUGCACUUUGGACACUCCUGCUCUUGACAAUUUCCCCCAAGGCUUGUCUCUGAUAUAGUUAGGUUUUUGUUAAUGCUCCUCCCCCCACCCCCCACAAUACUAUAUGCACAAAAUAUACACACCUUGAAGAGACAAAUAUGGUCACACUAAGAUUUCCUCGCUUGGUCCUUUGUAAAUCCAAUCCCUCCCAUUAAUAUUGUUGAGUUUUGGUCUUUCCUUGAGUGGGAGGGCGGUGCUGGAGGGCAAGUUUAACCUUGCUCCAGACUUUCUGUCACUUGCACAGAAGAGUACAUGGGUGCAGACACCUGCCGGGUGAAAAAGGACGCGGCUCUUUUUGGCUUUAAGCAUUUGAUUUCUUUUCCUGGAAGAACAGACAAAAUUUCCAAUGAUGAUGGUGGUGAUGACUUGUGUUUGCGCUGUAAGCAGGGGGGUUACUCACCGUUGUCCACAUAGUUGAUGGUAUGAAGUGAAUGGACCCGGCUGCACACCACGCUGCUCUGCCGACGCAGCAUCCCUCGCCGUCCCCCACGUCCGUUCUUGCUGCCGCCCUCCUGGCCAGAGGCUUGUUGGGAGAGACCCGCCUCGCCGUCCGUUUGUGUCACGGCUGCUUCCUCAGACACUGAUCUCAGCUCCACGCAGAACUCGAUGAAGCCGCUCAUGAGUUCUGCCUGUCCAAAAGACAAACUUUCAUUGGGUUGGUCAGUAAACGCAUCACCAUGUACACAACCACUGACUCUCUCCACCACCUGCUGCUGAUGUAGUAUGAGUAGAGAAAACCUGUUUACGACUUUCUAAAUACUCUUUUUAACAUUAUUAGAGCCCUCCGGACCUGAAAUAACACCCCUAUAGCCACCUUUCAGUCCUAUUACCCAAUAUAGUAGACAUAAGAGAAAAUAAGACAUAAUAUAGACUCACACAUAUUAGCAGUAGGAGAAUUUCUUCUUGAUCUUUUUUACUUCCUGUUCUGUAGAGUACUUCCUGCAGUGGCGAUUGUCUCAUCAAUGUAACAUCACGAAGACGUCUACCAAUGAGUCUUCUGGAUGCCUUAGAUUUCUAUUUUAGUUCAUUUAGCCAUUUGUAUGCUAAAAAAUGCUUACUGUUAGCUAUGAAGAGCUAGCUCUGGCAGUUCAGCCUCAUUUCCGGAAGUGGUGCCAUCAGGGUACUAUCACUCAGGUAAACAAACAUGGCGGUGUACUAGACAGAGCAUGUUUACAGUGUUUAGAGCCAAGAUUUGAGCGUUGUGUCAAUAGUUUUUGAGGAGGAAGAAACAUUUGGAUAUGAAAUAGAGAACUUGCAGAACGUGGACUUAAAGCCUUAAGACAUGGAGAUGAAGAUUGGUAGCCUUCAAAACACAGAAUGGUAAGUGUAAAUUACUCUGGAGUUGCUUAUCCUUCAAUUAUUGUUUUAAAAGGGAGCCUUGACGAGUGUAAAGAGGUUUUUAUAACCUGUUUGAUUGUAAAGUAUAUGUGGGUAAAUGUUCACCGUAAAUAUAUGGCUGUGAAAAGAGGUUUGUAGAAAAUGAAUAAUGCUUUGCAGCCUUGUCGCUAUCAUGGAAUAGUGUUUAUUAUGUAUACAUUGUGUAUACAAGACAUGACUUACUUGUUCUGUGGCAACUUUGACGCAGUGGUCAUUUUUCUUUGUUUUGUGUACCGGCGGAAUCGCAACUCUUUCUCAAGAUGUGUUUAUAGCGUACGUUCAAGCCAAAACCAUCUUGUAAAGGUGUUCCUUCAAAGAAGUCUUCAGUGAUAUGAUCACUGCAAAGAAAAGAACUCGAGGUGGGUGUCCGUCUGUCUCUCAUUCUCUGCACUACUUGCUUCAGCUGUUCUUAAACCUUCCUCUUUUGGAAAAGAAAACAAACUUCCAGUAUCACACAGAUGCCAUAAACAUCCAGCAGCAACACAAUGUUUCGGCAUGACCAGUAUUUUGAUGAAAAAUAUAGUGAACCAAGUCCACCAUCUACCUAAACAAGUGUUUGUUUACUCUGCUUUAGCUGAGAGGCGUCACCUAGAUGACGUCACUUGGGGAAACGAGGCUGAGCUGUGAGCUGCUUUGUCAUGACUGGCGAGUUUCCUGUGGAACAAUGUGGAACGCGAUUACAAACAAUAUCUAACAUAUUUUAGCAAGGUUGAUGAAUCACGUCAGGGACCCUUUAAAAGUUUAAUAACAGCACAAAUUGAACCCGUGCAACUGAUUUUUUUUGGUGUCUGCGAAGAUGCUGCGAUUAAACAUCGUGACAAAAGCAAUAAGCGCAGUUCCUUGAACUCACUUGUUUGGAGUAAAUCUUCAGCAGCUUGUUGACGGGGGUGCCAUCUUCAUCGCCAUCAAACUCAAGCCACAGGAUGUGCGAGUCGCCCUCCUCCUCGGGGUAGCUGUGGUCCCAGGAGAGCUCGUGGAAGCGCAGGCCGAGCAACACGUGCUGCAACGUGCGUUCAAGAAGAGGAAUCUGUCAUUUCUGGGACGGAUGGGGGCAAACACGGCAGAGACAUAAAGCCUGCCCACCUUCUCUUUGACAUCCAUCACAUAAACUCCCUCAAGGCAGAUUCCAACAUUGACAGCUUUGCGUUUCCCCCUCUUGAGGAGACCUUGGACGGGCUUGUCAAUCUCCCCAUCAAAGAAAGCGCACCUGUUUGCACACUUCUCUUCAGCGCUCACGUCCUUCAUGUUGUUCUACUUGGACAAAUGUCUUACCCAUAAUAAGGCAGCAUGUGACACGUGCUGAGGUAGCGGUGUAGAAGCUGCUGAGAGUCUCCAGCAGAUGGGUUGAUCUUUCCGUAUUCUUCCAGCAGGUUCUGCUCGAGCCCCCCCUGACGACUCAACUUUCCUCUCAGCGUGGAGAAUAAACCUCCACCCCCCAUGGCCACGUGCGCAGGUACAAAAGAAGACAGCUUCUUCUCUCUGUGGAUUGAGGAACAUGUCAACCAUCAGAAGAUAUCCUUUGAUUUUAUUUACUUUUAAACAGUGCAGCCUGCGGCACAUUUCUAAAAACAGAAUUUCAACAAGAAAACUUUUUUUUUUUUAAUGAAAAGAUCUGCAAUAAUGUUACAAAGUUAAAAUAUUAAAAGGAAAAAGUUGUAAUUUUAUGUAUGAAAAUGACAUCAGAAAAAGACAAUAUUUUAUUCAAGUCAGAAAAACGAGAAACGAGCAAAACAACAAAUACAGUUGCAAUUUUUUUGACAAAUUUGGUUGCGAAAAAAGUUAUGUUACGAGAAUAAAGUCCAAAUAUUAUGGGAAUAAAGUCAGAAUUUAAAAUCCACAAGAAGAAAGUUGAAAUAGCUGGAAAACUUACAAAAAACAACAACAGCAGAAAUGGAAAAAAUGAUGUAAUUUUACAAGAAUAAAGUCAAAAUAUUAAAAGAAGAAAAGCUGUAUUCAAACACGAAAAGAAGUUGCAAUUUAAGGAAAAACAUUUCCUUAUGUCAUUUCAGUAGCAUAGAGUUGAAUGAAACAUUAAAGAAAAAAUGCGUUAUAAUAUCAGACACAAAACUGAAUAAAGUCAUUUUUGGAAAAUUAGGUUGGGGAAAAAGCUGUAAUGUCAUGAGAAUAAAGUCAAAAUACUAUAAGUCACAAUCAUGACAAGAAAAUUUACAUGAAAGUUUAAAUAGUUGUAAAAUAAUAAGAAAAAAAUGAAAAAAAACAGCUGAAAUUUUAAGAGAAUGAAGUCAAAAUAUUAAGAGAAAAAAGUGGCAUUCCUAAGAGAAUAAACUUGUAAUAUUAUGAGGAAAUAUAUUGUUAUUUUAAUCGCAAAGUAAAUAAAGUUGUAAUUUUUGGAAACUAGGUUGGGGAAAAAGUUAGAAUAUUAUGGGAAUAAAGUCAAAAUAUCACCAAAAGAAAAUGUACACAAAUUAUUUGAGAAGAAAGUUGAAAUAUUUGGAAACUUUGAAAAAACAACAACAAAAAUGGGGGGUAAAAAGAGCUAAGUUCAUACUAACAUGUACUGUAUGACUUCUAUCUAUAAUAUCAAAGUGGCCCUUUAGUCCUUCCAUUUUUCAGUAUGUGGCCAUCGCUGGAAAAAGUAUGUGAAUGAUAUUUCCCACAGCAAGGGAAAGAGGUAUUUGGUGACACACCCACGCCAUGCCAUGUGACAUAACACACAUAUACUGGACAUACGUAAAAGAAGUAGAAACACAGCCACCAAGUAUUUCACUCAGUGAGCUGGUGGAUUUUCUCAUACACAGCGCUAGCCUUUCAGGUUUACGUAAUAAUACUUGAAAUUGUUGCCAGAAAAUGUCAUAGCAUAUCACCAUGUACGAAGCACGUGCCACUGUGGCCUAUGUUACAGCUACAGCCUGCCAGCUACAACUGAACACCAGCAAGACAAAAAUGAUCAUUAACUUCCAGAGGAAAACAUCUCACUUCACACCGGUGAACAUCCAGGGAGCGGACAUAGAGUUGGUAGACAGCUACAAAUUCCUGGGUGUUCGCCUUAACAACAAACUGGACUGGUCCGUCAACACCCACGCCCUCUACAAGAAGGGCCAGAGUCGCCUCCACCUGCUGAGGAGACUGAGGUCCUUUGGUGUGUGCAGGACUCUUUUACGGACCUUCUAUGACUCUGUGGUGGCCUCAGCCAUCUUCUGUGCUGUGGGCUGCUGGAGAGGGGGCAGCACGGACAGGGACAGGAGCAGGAUCAAUAGGCUGAUCAGGAGAGCGAGCUCUGUCCUGGACGGUCCUCUGGACUCCGUGGAGGAAGUGGGGGAGAGAAGGAUGUUGGCUAAGCUGACAUCCAUCAUGAACAACACCUCUCACCCGCUACAUGACACUGUUGUUUCCCUUAGCAGCUCCUUCAGCAGCAGACUGUUACACCCACGGUGUAAGAAGGAGAGGUUCCGCAGGUCCUUCAUACCGACCGCUGUCAGGCUCUACAACACCUGCACCACCUGAACCAUGUUGUAGUCAAUAUGUAUUCUUUACUUGCGUAUCUUGCUUGCUGCUGUAACAAGUGAAUUUCCCCGCUGUGGGAUUAAUUAAGUACAAUACAAUACAAUAUGUUGAUAUCUCCAGCAAGUUUUUGAUAUGCCAUGUAUGUUUGUUUUUUUCUAUUUUAAACCCAUACCUUAUAGUAGUUGUCAAUGUCUGCCCAUCCAGGCCCGUUCCCUCAUCAACAGCAAGACACAAGGCUCCGAGCGUGGCCCAGUGUUCAGGAUCGCAGGGGUAUCUUCCUGUCAGGAUGUUGCUCUUGGCCUCCUCAUACAGAAGACGCAGCACUCCCUCGUCUUCUAUCUGCAAAGCAGGUUAAGGAAUGAUUCAAAAUCAUGGAAGUAAAGAAAAGUACCUCACCUUCUGUGCCCCAAACCAUGGAACGCUCUGCCCCCACAGUGGAAUGCUUUAAAGGAAAAGUGCACUUCUUUUGGAAUUUUGCCCAUUAUCCACAAUCCUUAUGUGAAACAUGAACACAUACAGUAUUUCUUGCCCUUUUCUGUGCCUUCUAUCGAGAGAAAGCGAGUUAGCGUGAGCCAGCUACCAUUGUACGUCAUGGGAGGUACCGAUUUUGACGCAAAACAAGGUUUUACAUCCAUGCCGUGACCAUGCAUUAACAAGUACAUUGAUGAUAAUCAAUGUAAUACUUACAUUAUCUUAUAUUAUCUACUUACAUUAUCUUACCGUACUUUGAUUAUUUAAAACUUCACCGGAACUUCUUUCUUAGGCGCAUUGAUUUGACAUAGCACAUAGGAGCUAAUGCUAAUAAUAGUAAUAGUUUAGAAAACGUGCAAUACAAAUAAAAGUGCAUCACUGAAUGUCAUACAGAAAUGCAUCAAAGUGAGAAGUACCUGCAGCUCUUUAGCUUUAGGAUAAAACACAUUGCGACGGUAUUGGAGGCAGGGCUCAUCUGGGGAAAGAUGAGAGAAAAUGAUGAGGACAUGCAAGUGAGGUGAUGUCAUUGCUCCUGGAUGAAGGGUGUGGCCCAAUGUGACGCUGUCGAUAUUAUUAAUGUAACACUGUUGUAUCUUUCGAGGGAAAGGCUUCUUGAGACGUCAUCUGUACUUCUAUGAAGAAGGUGUCGGACGUUUCGCUCCUCAU